AUGAGGAAAAGACGUUUUGUGGAUGCGCUUGUCGAGGACAUUAAGCGAGAAGCACGUCUACGAUAUUUCGCGAUCCCAUCCAAUGGUAACAUUCUCUCCAAUGAUGUUGAUGAUGAUAUAAUGCUCCCAACAGAAUGUCGUUUGGAUAUUGAUGGAUCUUUCCAACAAUAUGGUAGUUUUAUGGAUUAUGAUGUUUUGACAGAACUGCGAUCUGAGACGACAACAAAGAAGGCACGUGUUAGUGGAGAAUCGCAAGAAUCUGAGGGAUUAGAGGAUUUUCAUACAGCAGUGGAACCCAACUCUCUGAUGAAGCUUCAGACGGACUAUCAGGGAUCAGGAAACCCUUCACUAAGCCUGAGUGACAGAGCCGCGGUGGGGAUGGUACCACCACCGGUUCCAUGA